AUGGGAAGAACGGCGCCACGCGCCAAAGCAUCGACAAUGAAACAAAAAAGAUCGCUCACGCCUGAGCCACAAGCAGCCGACGUGAAAGCGAAAAGGAGACGAUUGCAGAAUAGCUAUGGAUCAACGGGAACGUUGACGAGCUCAUCUUUACACACCGAUGUUUCACCAACGUCUAAAGAUGCUUUUGAAAGCCCAGCGAAAGUGAUCCAUCUCCGGAAUCGAGUGAUUAUUCUAAAUGGAUCAACAAAUGGAUCGAAUGGAGAAAACUCUCGUCCCUCCACAGCCUCUUCAUUAAUGGUCAUGCCCACCCCGUCAACGUCACGCAAAAACUCGGCAAACUCUGCCAUCAAUCGAGUCCUCUCAACUUCGAUCAGAAAUGGUUCUAUUCGUUCGGUGAAUUCCACUCGGGUCAAUAAUUCGGUGUCCGUGCGUUUAUCGAAAGCGUCAAAAGUGUCGGCGGAGUGUGUAUCAGCUCGACUCUCCUCAAAAGCCUCGUCGACAAGAUCGAGAAGAAAUAUCCCGCAAAAAUGCCCAUCGCAGAAGAUUGUUGAAUCGAAUCGAGAGACUUUACAAUCGAAACUGGAUCAGUUGAAAACAGUCGUCGCCAAUGGAUCAAUGACUCAACCCAAGCCUGGCGAGAAGCGUCGAGCCUCAUCAGAUAUCAUUGUUGAGAAGUUUAUCCCAGCUCCACCUCGACCUCGUCCUUUCCCACUCGUCACCAUUGAUGACAAUGAGCUAUGGCUGAGAAAAGAUGAGCCAGAGACCCACCUCAAGGAGCAAGUGGAGAGAGAAAGGCAGCCGGCUGUCUUCACAGAUCUCACAGGGAUGGCACCGAUUGUCGAGAUUCGGUCGAGCGCGCGUUUCGCACCCAGCGUGCCCACUGGUGGCUACCAACCAUCCCAAGCCAUUGUCAAUCCACUAGACGCUGUUCUUAUUGAUACGAAUUCGCUAGCUACUCCGUCUAGAGUUUCUUCUCGAGAUCACUCACCGAGAUCAGCCACCGUUUCUAAGUGGACUCCUUCCCCGUUGUCUCCAUUACCCAUAAAGGCUCCUCUCUCGCCAAAUUCUUCUUCACCCAAUCACACAUCCAUUCGCUACUAUUCAAGCAAAUUACCGCAACGAGCUGUCCUAGCUCCAGCUCCUCAAUUUCAAACUGUUCAAUCGUUCUCGAAUCUGAAACAAUUCCCCACUCCAGCACUGGCUAUUCCGACAUCAAAUCUCGGGCCUUCAAUGCCGAAAAAAGAGGCUCAACACUCGUUGAGGAGAUUGCCGCUAGUAGUGAUUCCGAGGAAGAGAAAGUAUAAGAAUUAUGUGUCAAGAAGGAGAAAUACUCUACUAAUCGCUUCACUGAGACGAUGUAAUUCUGAUCCACACGUUUAUCGAAGUUUCAAUCAUUGGAAAGAGUUGUGGAGGCCUUUUUCACCGGUGAAAGUGGUAGAGCCAGUGAAAACUCUGGCAAAGCCAGUAGAGCUAGCUAAAGUUGCCCCACAAAAGGCAGCAGAAGUAAAAGCUGCUUCACAAAAGACGGCAGAAGUGAAAGCUGCUUUACAAAAGGCUUCGGAACCAGUGAAAGUAGUUCCAUUAGUUAAAGAGGCAAAGAAGCAAGAAGAACAACCACCGCCGAUUCCUCCACACGCCUCGGGUCCCUCUGGAGCCAUCGUUGGCGGAAAAUUAACUGAAUUGAAGCGAGCUUCUCUAAAAAUUCCCUCAAAAGCCUCGCGACUUGCUCAUGCGGCUCAAGAGGCCGCCUCGUCACCCAUUUCACCACCUGACGCCUCACCGAUACCUACCAGUAUUCCCCAAAAGAACACCGAAACAUCGAACAAAUCGAUGGGUCAACCAGCCACCGAUCACAUGCCGGUGCCCCUUGCUCGACCCGAACUAUCAACCACUCCAUCUGGUGCUUCACCGGCUGCCCCAAUCUCUGCUAUGCCUCCAUCCGCUGAACCUAUUGAGAAAUUGAUUAGGCAAAAUUCUGGAGGAAAACAACCGGUAGACGCCUUGAAGAAACAGGACUCAAAGAUUGAGGAGUUGAAAGAGAAUUUGGACAAUAAUGGUGUGAAGGGGACACCGAAAGCGCUCAGAAAAGCUUAUGGAUCGAAGAGUGGGACAACGAUUUGUGCGGUUGGUCAACCAUUGGCUACAACUUCAUCAACUUCGACCGCUUCACAGCCUCAAUCAAGCACUGCAGUUGAGAAAGAAACGCCUAGAUUGAUUGAGAAAAAGCUUUCAAUUCGGAAAAAGAAAACUGAACCGAGAAAGGAGGAGUUUAUACCUGUGGAUCUCCCUGAUCGGGGUGAUGCUGAUGAGCAAAGGGCAAAGAAAACCCUUAAUGCUGUUGCUGCUGCUUUCUCUGGUGAAGAGAAAAAGCCGGAGAAAACUGAAGAAUCGAAAGAAGUUGUGUCUUCAAAGAAAUCUUCAACGAAUUCGAAUACAGCUGCUUUAUUAGCUCAGCUUCAACUUCCCGCUUCUGUGUCAGCUAAAGUUGAUAAAAUUAUUCAAGGACAAGCGGUGCCUCCAGAUAAAUUUAGACGAUCGAAAAACGUUCCACCGACACCGAGAGACUCAUCAAGAGAUAGCUAUAAACCACCGAUUCAAGACGACAAAGAUGGACAUUUGAUCUAUAACAAUGGGGACACAAUCAAAGGACGAUAUAUUAUUCAAGACACGCUUGGUGAAGGAACUUUCGGAAAAGUUGUUAAAGUACUUGAUAAAGAGAGAAAGGGUAAAGAUGCACCAAAUGGGAAAGUAUUUGCUUUAAAGAUCAUCAAGAAUGUGAACAAGUAUCGAGAAGCGGCAAAAUUGGAAGUGAAAGUAUUAAACGAGGUCAAGAAAAAGGAUCCACACGGGAAAUAUCUUAUCAUCCAAUUAAUCGAACACUUCGACUACUUUGGUCACAUGUGCUUAUUGUUCAGUCUACUCGGCUUGUCUGUCUUUGACUUUAUGAAAGCCAACAGCUUUCACCCAUAUCCAAUGGAACAAGUUCGGUACAUUGGAUAUCAACUCUGUUAUUCGGUACUCUUCCUUCAUCGAAAUAAACUCACUCAUACGGAUUUAAAACCCGAGAAUCUUCUUUUUUUGAGCUCCGAAUUUGACACAGCUGAGGGACGGAGGAAAAAGCCGAUCAAAAUCAUUCGUGAUGCGGGUGUUCGCCUCAUCGAUUUGGGAUCAGCCACUUUCGAUGACGAACACCACUCGACUAUUGUCAGCACGCGGCAUUAUCGAGCUCCAGAAGUGAUCUUGGAACUUGGUUGGACACAGCCAUGCGAUGUUUGGUCUAUCGGUUGUAUUCUUUUUGAGCUCUACUCGGGUGUGACACUUUUCCAAACACACGACAAUCGAGAACACUUGGCGAUGAUGGAAAGGAUAUUGGGAAGUGUUCCGGCAAGGAUGAUUAAACGAUCAAAAACAAAAUACUUUUACAAUGGCCGACUGGAUUGGAGUGAGAAGUCACAAGACGGGCAAUUCGUGCGGGACAAUUGUAAACCAUUAAUGCGCUACAUGCAAUCGCAUGAAUCAGAUCACACAGAAUUGUUCGAUCUGAUCGAUAUGAUGCUCACCUAUGAGCCAUCUCAACGAAUCACUCUCGAUGUUGCCCUUGCUCACGCGUUUUUCAAUAAAAUUCCUGAAUCUCUCAAACUUCCUGGUGCCCCACAAGUCGUCUCAACAAAAUUGAAUGGAGGAGGCUUACAGGAAGCCUCCUCAUCCAGUGCCACUACCGCUAAA